CCAGGCUAUAGUGUCACAGAACUCAUACCAAGGAACCUCCCCAGACCUACCUAUAUUUACUUGCAGAGUAGAUGGAUCAUGGAACAAUGAAGGAAUCAUGAGUGGAGUCGGAUGAAUUUUACGACUCCAAGAUGGAUCAAUAGACUUUCUCUGCUUUCAAGGUUGCCAUAAGUUAAUUUCGUCACUACAUACCGAGCUAAAGAGUUUAGUAUAGACAUUGAAAUGUUUAUCUCGCCAUCAGCGGUCCUACGAUUACUUUGUUACGGAUUCCCAAGAAUUAGUCAAAAUGAUCACAACGCUAGAAGAAUAAUCAGUUUUUGCAGCUGAACUUAAUGAGUUUAAAUCUCUAUGGGCAUCCUACGAACGGAAAAGUGGUUUAUCAACCCAGAUCCAAUAACACUCAAGCGGACUUCUUUGCAAGGCUCGCUCGAACAAGGAACCGUUUUUUCUCGUAUGUUAACACGUUGAUGCUUUAUUGGAUUGGAUAGACACUAGAAACUUGUCAUUCGCGGAUUCGUGCUAAGUAUUUUCUUAGUUCUCUUAUUGUGAUAAAAAAAAGCUAUAGCUCUGAUCGAACAUUCCACAAAGGCUACAUCGAUGAGACCACAUUUUCUCCAUCGAAAACCCGGAACUGAAAUCUCUGUUUCUGUCAUGGAAUGUCUUACAAGAUAGUUCACAGGCUCUAGAAGAGUGGAAGGUAACCACAAUCUGACCAUUUUCAUGCAACUAUAUAUCUUUUUAUUACAUUUGUACUUAUGUAUAUGGACUAUGGUGAGCACAAACAAACUAAGAGUUGUAGGCAGAAGUUAGGUGUGUUAACGUUUUUUCGUUUGUACAUCUUACCUCCAAUAAAAUCAACAUCACUUUCUCAACCUAGUAGGCCACAUAAGUCAAUUACUAUCUAAAAAUGAACAAAACGCGUUUAAGUUAUUAUUUACAUAAGUCUCAUCAUUUGUUUCCCCAUAUCUGUCUUGCAUGGAAACCACAUCAAAACUUCCUGUUUAAUAUUGUGGUUUCUUGUUCUCCUUUCUUUUUGCCUAAGUGAGCAAUUGCCAACUAAUUUGUUUUAGAAAGAUUGAUUAAUCAUUUUCAACCUCUUUAUAAGAAAACACUUAAGAUGUGUUAAAAUCUUGAAACCAAAAGUCUACAAAUUAAAUCAUCUCCAGCAACAAUGGGAAAUGUUCUAAAGCCUCUUACGGAAGAUCCUCUUUCAUUUGCUUACGAGCCUCUCCUCAGCUCACCAAGUUGGUUUACAUAUCUCUGUUUUAAGAGCAUUUUUACAUAUAGUAAUAAUAUUAAAAUACGUCGUUCAAUAUGUAUCAAAGUGGAUAAAGAAAAUGAGGAUCUGAGAGUCUUCAGCGUCACGGAACUGAAGAAAGCAACGAACAACUUCAGAAAAGACAGGGUCGUACAUGAAGAGGAUGGCUCUGUUCGAACAUUCUACAAGGGCUCCAUCGAUGACACCUCAUCAAGAACUAAAAAAAGAAUCUCUGUUUUUGUCAUGGAAUGUCUUCAAGAUAGUUUAGAGGCUAUAGAAGCGUGGAAGGUAAGCAAAGAAGAGGUGAAGUCUCUAGGAGAACAUUCUCAUCCAAACAUAGUAACAUUUUUGGGUUACUGUUGUGAAGAUAAAAAAUCACUAUUGGUAUUCGAAUACUUGCACCAAGGAACUUUGGAUCAUCACAUUAACGGAACAGAGAAAGAGGUCUUGUCAUGGGAAACACGGGUUAAGAUAGCCAUUGGAAUAGCUAAAGGUGUUGCAUUUCUCCACUCAUUCUACAACUCGUCGCUAUAUUUUGAACUCAGAAUGCAUAACAUUAUGCUUGAUGAGGAAUACAAUGCAAAACUGUUUUACCUUGAAACAGACAAAAAAUGUCUGGAAAAUUGCUUGACUAUUUAUGGACAUAGAUACAUGCCUCAUGAAUGUCUGGUGUCAGGUUGUUUUAAAAUGGAUACCGAUGUUUACGCAUUUGGUGUGAUUUUGCUUGAGCUUUUUACUUGUUCGAAAGAUGAGGACUUGCUUGCGCAUUUACUUGCUUUGAGAAAUGGAGCAAAAAAGUUGGAGAAGAAUAAAAGCUUAGAUGUUAGGGAGACUAGACCGUUCUUGUUUACGGAAAUAAUUGAUCCUCGACUUGAGGGUGAUUAUCCUGUGAAUGCGGCAAUGCAGAUGGGCACACUCAUCCAAAGAUGUACCAAGUGCUUGCCUACACGACCGUCCAUGCAACAAGUUUUAGAUGUUCUGAAUGAUAUUGCAGAGAUUAACUAGUAUCGAUAUGAUUUGUCCUUGUCUUGCUUUAGUUUUGAAAGCUUGAAUAAAACAAAAAACUAUGUUUUGUUAUGCCCGUGGCUGUACACGUUACUGACGAUCAUUGAUUCAUUGUCUAUGAUGCGACUUUGAUCUU